AAACUUAACAAAAAUGUUAUAAAGAACGGUGUACUAUGCGACCGCAGAAUGACAGAGAGAUAAUGCCAUAUAUAUAUUUGAGAUUACAAACGGAAAAAUGGAAACAAUAUCCCAGAUUUCCCUGAUAUUGAUUGUCGUUUGUCUAGUUGUGCAACAGACAUCCGCUGAUUGCAUAUCAACCUAUAGCAGCAUCGAGAGUAGCAGUACUUCGGAUUCCGAGCAAUUCAAUCAUCAUCAUCGACAGUUAAAGACCAGGCCAAGGACAUGGCAGGAGCAUGAGUUCUCGCUGCUGGGCUAUAAAUUCCAUUUGCCAUUUGUGGGGCAUGCAGUGGACACGGAUUUGGAUGAUAGUGACAGUGACGAAAGUUUGUGGCUGGAUGAAUUGACUGAUGAGCAAACUGAUAGUCGAGAGAUUGAUGAAGACCAAAAUGUAUUGGACACCACAUCUAGCAGUCAGUUAACCAUAGAUCCAUUAACUAGUAAAUUUAAAUUGAGUUGUGAACGAAUUAACAUCGUGUCAAUCAAUAGAGAAUUGUUGGCCAAAAGAAGCAUCUCUUAUCAUCAAAUUAGGCUGCGGUAUGUUCAAGCCGAUGGGUCCAAUCCUCUCCAGCUGCAGCAAUAUGAGAGUCUUAAAGAUUUUCGCUGGCUUGAGAGUGAUUUAAAAGAUUCCACCCUGGCCAAGUUGCUCCAAAAGCAACCUCAGGGCUUUGAGUAUGUGGAGAGAUUGGAUCUUAGCGAGAAUCAAUUGGAAUGCCUACAAUGGGCAGACUCUCCAUCAUCGAUGCGACGCCUGAAAGUACUUAAAAUGAGUGGCAAUCGUUUGGCCAAUUGCAGUUUAAAUCAAUUGCAAAAUAUGAAUCAUUUGGAAGAAUUGCAUUUGGAUAGAAAUCAGUUAAGAGAGCUGCCUUUGCAUUUUGUUGGCCAUCUCAGUGAGUUGCGUCUACUGAAUCUUAGUCAGAAUCUGUUAACUGAACUGCCACGUGAUAUAUUUGAAGGAGCAUUGAAACUGGAGCGUCUUUAUUUAUCUGGAAAUCGCUUGACCGUCUUACCCUUUCAGCUCUUUCAUACGGCACGCAGCUUGCAAUUGCUUGAUCUCAGCGAAAAUUGGUUGCUCUCCUUUCCCGAUAACUUCUUCUCGCCGAAUGGUCCGCUAAAGCAAUUACAUUUACAGCGUAAUCAUUUGCGUUCAAUUGGCAAGCAUAGUCUAUACAAUUUGCAUCAUCUAAAGCAAUUGGAUCUUUCACAGAAUUCCUUAAGCCAGAUUGAUCGCAAGGCUUUUGAGUCAUUGAAUCAUCUACUGGCCCUCAAUAUCUCCGGCAACAAUCUAACCGGACUGUCCUCCAUCAUCUUCCAGCCACUGCCUGCCCUCAAGCAAUUGGAUCUCAGUCGGAAUCAGUUCAAGCAAUUACCUUCGGGGUUAUUUCAAAUGCAACGAUCUUUGGUUUUGCUGCGUAUUGAUCAGACACCUUUGGAGCAAUUAUCCAAUUGGAUAUCCCGGACAGAUGAAUCAUUAAUCGAUCCCCAGAUAUUGCGACAUCUGCGUUAUCUCUCGAUGCAGCAAAAUCAUCAACUUACCCAUUUGCCGAGUACCCUGUUUGCCAAUGCUCGCAAUUUGCGUGAACUUUUGCUUGCGGAGAGCGGUCUUCAGGCCUUGCCCCAGCAAAUCUCUGGCCUUACACGUCUACAGCGUCUUUCGGUGCGGGGCAAUAAUCUGGCCUCAUUGCACGAGGGACUGAAAGAACUUGCCCAUUUGCGUUAUCUCAACAUAUUGAACAAUGAGUAUCAAUGCGAUUGCAGCAUGUAUUGGCUAAAUGACUGGUUAACCAAUUCAAAUACCAGCUUGCGUUCACCCAGCUCCAAUCAGGGACCACCAUUGGCGUCAUAUGAGACAAUUGACAAUCAGAUUGAUUUGUUAAAAUGUCAAUAUGGAUAUCCGGGUGACAUGUUGCGUGUAUUAAGCAACCUUAAUUGUUCAGUGCCUGUGGUUAGGCAAUUCUCUGAGCCAAAAAUGCAUAAACUUCACUCCACAGCCAAAUUGGAGUGCCAAAUUUCGGGCAGUCCAGUGCCAGAUAUACUUUGGGUAACACCGCGCAACACUAUAUUGCGUCAUCAUGCCGAUCCCGAUAAGCGACCCAUAAUCAUUGAGAGCGAUCGAGAUGAUCCUCGUCCUAUAAGUAAAUUCGAGCUGGCUGCCCUUAUGGACGAGAGUUAUGUGCAAAAGCAUAACUUGAGUCGACAACAGAAUUCGAUGGUGGGCCAACGUUUGGUUCUGGUGGAGAAUGGUUCACUGUUGGUCCACAACAUUUCACGUAUUGAUAGUGGCCUUUACACUUGCAUUGCCUUCAAUGUCAUGGGCAAAUCAUCAGCGGGCCUUAGACUCUAUAUCGAUCCUAUAGUAUUUUAUCGUGUGAAAAUUGGUAGCUUAUUGGCUGGCACUGCUUUGGCCAGCAGUUUCCUUUUUCUCACCUUGAUUGUUCAGGGAAUUCGAAGUUGUCUCUCCCGUUGUGGCUUUUGUCAGCGUUUCUAUUGCUGUGCCAAUCGGAAUAAGAAAUCACCAAGGGCUCGUCAAAUCUAUGCCAUGUUGGACAGCAUUGAGAGCUAUAAGAGUCAACAAUUGGAACGUCUGCGUGAGAAUUAUGCCCAGCAAGUGCAUCGCAUUCGUGAGAAUUGUGCCCAGCAAGUGGAAUGGAUUCAAAGUAGCUAUACCACCCAGGCCAAACAUAUUAAAGAGUUUCGUGAUAUGGGUUCAAAUCAUUUGACUGCUCUCAAGGAUCAAUAUUAUGAUCAGGUUAAGAAAGUACGCGAUUAUUCCACUGGCCAAUUAAGCUGGGUGCGUGAGAACUAUGUCUUCCAGCGCAAUAAGAUCAGGAAAUUUAGUGCCCAUCAAGUCUUACGUCUGCGUGAGGGCUACAAGUACCAACAGCAGACACUAAACAAAGUGCUGGAGAAUUUACCCAGUUUUUAUUUCGAAAAUUGUCGCGGACGCUGUGAGGAGGACAUAGCUGAGGACAUAGACUGCUACUUCAAAAGCCAAUUGGACUUUGCUGGUGCAAAGGAGUUGAAUAUACAGAAGAUCAAAGCACGCCUGGCUGUGGCCAAUAAUUCGACUAGCAAAGCUUCCAUCUAUUAUACACCACCAGAUGAUCUUGAUGAUCCGUUGCGUAGUUCGCGUCUCAAUUUGCAAACUUCACCCAUUCACAUCAAUUACAUUGAUGAGAAUCUCGAUCAGCAGAAGCAAUUGGAGCACGAUUUUAAAAUGGAUCCUCUUCUCCUGUUAUAUAAUACGCCGCGCCUUUACCUGAAUCCCGAGGGAGCAAGUAGCAGUAAUCAGGCGGCGGCCAUGGCGGCAGCUGUUGCUUUAGCCAAUUACGCCAGCAUUGAGGAUAACAAUCAUCAUAGCGGGCAUGAGGAUCUAGAUCGAGAUCAUCAGGAUCAGCAGCAAGAACUGUUACCCCUUGGAGAUACAACGACUGAAGAUGUUAGAAACUCUCGUUCAUGUCCGGCCAUCUAUAAGGUGUCCAAGCAGAGUGAUGGUAGUACUUUACAUGAAUUGCUGACCAAGGACAGAGAACCGCAGCAUCUGAAUCCCAUGGAUGAGUCAUCAUUGACCACAUCUCCUCCGGCCACAAAGCUAAACAUAAUCCUAGACGAACAGCAACAGUCCUGAACCUGAAUCAUUUAGAGAUUUUUGUUCUACUUUUUUUUUCAUUAAUUAAUUAAUUGAAAGUUAAACUAAUUCGAAGGCAAAAUGAAGAGAUGUAAAAGUAAAUACAUACAUAGAUUUUAAGUUUAAGGCAGCAAACAAUAAUUAUAUUUAGAUUUAAUUAGCGGAACUUAAUGAAUUCAAAAAUGCUGAACAUUCGAGAUUGAAAGAAAUAAGAAAAGUCAUACGAUUAUUUAACUAUAUAUAAUUAUACAGAAAUUGGCACACAUAUAGGUAUCAUUAAAGAAAAAAAGAAGAAGCUAUUCUCAAUUCCGAUGCUUAAUUCUAAUAAAUUUGUAAGUCUUAAUAUACUUAUUAUCCUUUGGAACAAUAACAAAACGGAGAUCGCUAGAAAAAUUUAAAAUUAAAAUUUUUCAAUUUGACAAAUGAAAAGGUCAUAUUUAAUUUUCAACUGAGAUUCUAUUUUAGAAACUGUUUAGUUUUUGGUCUAAUCACCGCUUCAAUACUGCAACUUUUAGUUUGGAAAAUUAUACGAAUCAGCAUAAGGCAAUUCAAUGUUAUCUGAAUUUAUAAAACAUUAGUAAACUUGUAGAUUUGAAAUAGUUUUUUACAAAUAAACUUUAGCUUAUUUCAGAUAUAAAAUCCAAUAGUUGUUGAAACUAAAAGGACAUUUAGCUGAUUUAAACUAAACUUAGUUAAUGUUGACUAGUAAGAAAGAUAAAGAUACAAAACAAAAUAAAACAAGCAGUUAUUUAGCAAGUCUA